GAAAGCUUUGGUUUUACGCACCAGACACAGACGCUUCAGUCAGUGGAAAGCCGUCAGUUCUGAGCUCGCAGGAGUCCACGAGGAGGAUUUAAUGAUCUGUCAUAUUACACUGCAGAGCAGAGCAGCUGACAAACUGCAGAGAUCCUCCAAAGACGAACAGAAACUGCUGUGAGCAUCUCCAGGGCCGACUGCUGCGCACGCAGAGUUUCGACCCCGCCUAUCCCUCAUCGUCCCUGCCCAGGUCAGCCAGAAAAAGACAUCAUGAGUGACCGCUUCAACUGCAAAAACUGCAACGAGCCCCUGUGUGGACGCAAAUACAUCCAGGUGGAGGACAGCCCUCACUGCAUCCCCUGCUAUGACCGCCUGCACGCCAACACCUGCCAGGAAUGUAAAGAAAUCAUCGGCCAUAAUGCCAAGGAGCUCUUCUAUGAGGACAGACAUUACCAUGAGCACUGUUUCCGCUGUUUCCGCUGCGACCGCUCUCUGGCCGACGAGCCCUUUACCAGCCAGGCUGACGCGCUCGUGUGCAGCGACUGCUACUGCAACGAGUUCUCCUCCAAGUGUGCGGCCUGCGACAAGACAGUCAUGCCUGGAUCCAGGAUGUUGGAGUACGGUGGCUCUGCAUGGCAUGAGGACUGUUUUGUGUGUCACAGCUGUGAGAAGCCAAUCGGUGCCGAGGCCUUCAUCCCAGACAAAAACAACUACUACUGUGUGCCCUGCUAUGAGGGCAGGUUUGCUCCUCAGUGCAGCCACUGCAAAAAGGCUCUCACCAAAGGAGGGGUGACCUAUAGGGACGAGGUGUGGCACAAAGAGUGUUUUCUCUGCACAGGCUGCAAAGUUCCCCUGGCUGGCCAACCCUUCACCUCGCAGGGGGAGAGUCCAUACUGUGUCAAGUGUUUCAGCAGCCUGUAUGCCAAAAAGUGUGCUGGCUGCAACACGGCCAUCACAGGGUUUGGAGACGGGAAGUAUGUUUCUUUUGAGGACCGGCAGUGGCACCAGCCGUGCUUUAAGUGUUCACGCUGCUCUGUGUCGCUGGUGGGCUCCGGAUUCUUCCCCGACCGCAACCAGAUUCUGUGUACAGACUGCAACAAUGACGACUGACCAUCACUAACUCCACCUGCAACACCUGCACCUGCUGCAGCUAAUAUCAAACACUGCUGACACCAGUGGAAAACUCCUAAACCUCAGCCUUGCACAUGAACACUGCAAUAUUACUAGUUUACUCACAGUGUAAAGCUGAUAGAAAGCUCAGUAUUUACAACUCAAAACUCUUGUCAGCUUUUAGAACAUUGGAUUGUAUGUAUGAAUUCUGUUUCUCGAUUUGAUAUGUUUUGCACAUCAAAGAUAAAAUAGAUAUACAUUUAAAUUAAAUGCACCAUUUUAUAACUCUUUUUUUCAUGAAUGGUAGAACCAAAAUUUGAAUGUCAUGACCUCUGCUUGGCAAACAUAUUUCUACUUUUUCAAAAAUAUCCUGCUAUUGAAGCUGUACCUCUUCUUCCACUACUUCCUGUGUGUAAACUCUGCUGAAAAUGAACUGUUGAAAAAACAUAUAUUUAGCAUACAUGCAAUAAAAAUGUCAUAAAACAAAAGGUGGUGUAUAAAUGGAUUAAUA